ACCGUCCAUCAGAGCGCAGUGCACCGCUUGCCGAUCGAAGCAACCGCCGGAGCAUCUGGUUAGAAUAAGCUGAACAAAAUGAUGCUACAAAUAAGUUGCCAACUGGUCGUGUUCCUGCUCUGCACUAUUCUGCUGACACUUUCAUCCACUGACGCCGGCCCAACGUACGAAUGUGAGCUGCAAAAGCGGGACGAUGAGAAUGUGUGCGUGUUCCGCAAUGUGAUGUACGCCACCAAUAUAACAGGCGUUACGUUCAAGGCGCCGACCGACAAGAUACAGCAUGUCGCCUUCGAGGACAGCACGCUCGAACAUUUGCCCAAGGAACUGCUUUCCGCGUUUCCCGAUCUACGAUCGCUUAGUGUGCCGAACGCCAAUCUCAGCUCGGUCACCAUUCCCGCCAAGCUGGAGCGUCUGUACGCGUCGGACAAUCAAAUCUCGCGCAUUAUCGUGCAUCAGACGCGCGAUAGUACGACCAUGCUGGAGCUAAUGCUCGACUCGAACAACCUGCAGGAUGUGACCAAUCUGACGCGCUUGGCAAAGCUGGAAAUCCUCAAUCUGAGCGGCAAUAAGGACCUCCCGGACGAUGGUACGAUCGAGCUGGGACGGUUCAAGGGUAUGAACGGGUUGCGUCACCUGUUACUUUCCGACGUGGGAGCCUAUUAUUUCGAGAAUGAAAAGGACGUGUCACUGCCGGAGUUGGAACUGCUUGACCUUUCCAACAACAAGCUGCUAACGUCGAACUUGAUCGUGAAAGUGUUUGAACCACUGAAAUCGCUACAGAUUCUGCGACUCGGCCACAACCAGUUGCAGGAUCUGGAUGUGAUGCAGCUGACGAAUGGCAAUCCGCAGCUGAAACAGAUCUACCUCGAGGGCAACCAUUUCAAGUGCGAUCAUCAACGGUUGAUUUUGAACCACCUGCAUAAGGCUGGUGUUGAGACGCCCGUCACCAACAGGCAGGGUCGUUGUAUGUUGAGUUUUGAAAAGCAGGACGAUAUGUGCUGCAUUUCCCAAAUGCCCUGGGCUACGACCGGAACGAGUACACCGAAAGUACCACCGAGACCAUCGGACGAGGAAGGUAACCGUAUGACGGAUAGAACGUCCAUUAGCACUAGCACGGAUACGGUGGUGAUGGUGCAGAGCAAGGAACGGACGACAAGUACUGUGAUUCCACCUGCAACCGUUCCCAAAUCGAACGAAGGCAAGAACGGGGCAGCGAUGGUCACGUUGGGUAACACUAGCUGGUUCGGCGUUCUGUUGGUGACGGCCAUUGCGAAACUAAUUCUAUUCUAAUCUGCCAAACCAGUGGUAGGUUGCUUACCUCAGCAAUGAGUCAUUUCGGAAAAGGCUGUAAACCUCACACACGUAACAUGCAUCGAGGUGUGAGAAAGGACAGCAGCGACCUUUUUGGAUGAAUAUUUGUUGCACCACAGCAUGUUGUGGGCAAUUGGAAAUACGAUUUCCGAGUAAGGAAGUUUUGUUUUUGGAAUGGCAUAAAAUGGGUUAACAAUUUGGAACGCUCUCGACACCGUCUAAUGUGCUUUACAGCACCUCAGUUCUAUUGAUAAACAUGCAAACCACCAACAAUAGUGAUGAGCUUAAAGAAACAACAAAGGAAAAAAAAAUCAUAACACUCUUUCCCCGUAUCAUUAGCUUUUCGUAGAGACGAUCGACAUAAUUCUGAAAACUAAACAACACAUCGUGUGUAUCAUUCGCAAGAUAUCGUAACCCUUAUUAGGCAUGUUAGGGCAAACAUUUAACACACCCAUUCAUUAGCAUUUUGUAGGGGAUGGAAACAGCUUCGUUUGAGGUGCUCUAAUGGGCUCUAAAAUGGUAAUUGCUACAUUUCAAGUGCGAUCACAUCACAUUAGAACAUCAAAGUUAGAAACCGUAGGGCAAUAUGAUUGCCGCAUUGGGAACGUAAAGCAUGAGCAUUGAGUUGGCGAACGAAUUGUUUAUGUUCCGUGUAAAAUUUAAAGCAAGCAGACACUGUUUGGCACUGUAUGAGUAAUAAGCUUAUGAAAAUCAUUCUGUAAACCAUAAAGCCGAGAACGACUACUAGGCAAGACCAUCACAUCUUCCGAUAACCCGUCAUUUAACAUACGUCUGCUCAUCAGACGUAAAUGCCCGCCAUAUGAUAAUGCGAUAAUACCUCCUAAUGUUCGGUUGAAAUAAAAAAAAAACACCAGCAGACAUGCCGACAGUGUAUGAAUAAUGAUAGAAUUUAGAUAUUUAGCAGUAAGUUGAAGGCUACUCACGCAGAAUGCAAACAAUUAACAAGUAUUAAAUAACAUCUCAUUAACAUCUAGUCGUAGAAAUAAUCACAUCGCAUUGCUAUCGGUAAUGGGACAGACGGUUCAACACCGGGCGUGCAGCGUGGAACUGCAAUUUCAUACAACGAUUUAAAGAAAGGAAAAAAGAAACAUGUUUUGUAUAACACUUUGGUACGAAUAGUUUUGUCGCCGUUUCGCAACAGAAGGACGAAAAGGGUUUACAACCGAACUGGUGGUGAUAGUGAGGCCAAGUGCUCUUAGGUGGAAACGACGGAAGGAAGGGGAUGGAGGGGGCAAAAGACAUGUAUGGCAUGUUAAGGGACAAAAACCAGCACUGUCGUGUAUAACACCGGAACCAAAUAAGAAUUUACCCUCUAACAACCCUUGCCAACCCACAAUGCACGAUUGCUUGCUGAUGGCCUUUCCCAAGAAACCGGAUACCGGUUGGCUCACAAACAAAGAAAAACAAAUCCUGUGUAGCUAGAAGCACGCAUUGAACAGCUUUUUUGAUCCACGAUCUCGUUGUGCUAUUCUGCCUCUGCUGUUCGGCUGCUUAAAGGUUCGUCUUUAAACAUACCGCUUCGUAGGUACGCUGUAGUCGCUUACGCUACCGGGGGAAGGUGCUCCAUCGGUCAUCUCUUCCGCCCCGGUGUGCGAUGUUGUGAUUAUUCGUAUUGGUGCUAGCGAGCCGAAUUCGUACCGUAAACUGGCAAACAUUUCUAGUGCCGCUCUAUUUCUGGCAUAUUCACGUAUUCACUGUACUCUCAUGCUUUACCGUGGUAGAAGUAAAUCGUUUUAAAAUCUUA